GAACAAACAGGAAGUGGCCGGGUGAGGCUCUGUAGUCUCGGAUCCCGAAGCCGCCCUGGUGUCCCUGAGCUGGCGAGACGCGGAGGUGAUUGGGAGGAUCGGCGCGGGGUCCUCCGGCGCCGGGGGCUUUCUAGUAUCUACACAGCCCUUGGAACUGCCCCUACCAUUCAGGCCUCAGCAGCUCUGACUCUUGAGGAAUUUGGAUCUGUCAGCAAGAAGACCAAGUCUUCAAGUCCGAAGGGGACAUGGCUGCAGACAGGAAUUUACACCAGAAGACCCAGCUGUUAGAUGCGCUGGAUGGUUCAUGUAAGAGGCAGUUGUCAUUUGAGGAUGUGACUGUGGAUUUCAGCUGGGAGGAGUGGCAGCAGCUGGACCUGGUUCAGAGACGCCUGUACCAGGAUGUGAUGCUGGAGAUCUACAGCCACCUCUUGUCAGUGGGAUAUCCCAUUCCUAUCCCAGAAGUGAUCUGUAGGAUGGAGAAAAGAAAAAUGACACAGAUAAAGGAGACUAUCCUCUCUCAUCAGAGAUUUCCAGGAGAACUGGGGCUUAACACCCCACACCAAGAAGUUCCUCCGAAAACCUCAGUUCAAAGUAACAUGACAAGUGAAGUCAUAAGAGAUGGCUCAUGGACUUCCAUCCUAGCACUCUGGCAGGAUGCUGACCUUGCAAAGAGAAGUCAGAAAAACCAGAUCCCACUCUUGAGACCUGGUGCUUUCCUCAGCAGGAAAAUACUGAGCAUAGACCAGGGCUGUAAAACACCUGGAGAAACCAUUCCUUUGGGGUUCUACCUCAUUUCUGAACAAAAGGGGCCUCCAGAGUUAUGCUCACUUUCAGAAAGUUUCAAGCCAAGUCUAGAUACAAAUGGUCAGAAUCAAAACAAUGUCACAAAACCAAUUCAUAAUAAUGUUGCUUCUGGUCAGCUCUUCACACCAGGCUGUUUCGAUGUUAACUGUGUGAUUACUCAUAGAGGAGUGAAGUCAUGCAAAGGUACAUUGUGUGGGGAUGUUGUCAGCCAUAAACAACCACUUAUACAGCAGGAAAGUCAUGAGGAGAAACCAGAUAAAGGUACUGAAUGUGGGAAGGUGUUCAGUAGCACACCAGCCUUUGGGAAACAUGAAAUCACUCACACUACAGAGAGACCUUUUGUCUCUCAAGAAUGUGGAAAAGCCUUCCUUCAUACGACACAGCUGACAUUGCCUGAAGCAGCUAGCAUUGGAACGAAGCCUUAUGAAUGCCAUGACUGUGGGAAGUUAUUUAGUCACCCAUUCUACCUGAAGGUACACCAUCUAAUUCACACUGGGGAGAAACCUUACAAAUGCAGUAACUGUGAAAAAGCCUUUUAUACUAAAGCCCAACUUCAAGAACAUGAGCAUGUUCACAAAGGAGAAAAGUUUAUCUGUGACAAAUGUGGAAAGGCCUUCUUUCAGCAGUCAGAGUUGACAUCCCAUCAACAAAGUCACACAGGACAGAAGCCUUACAAAUGCAACGACUGUGGGAAGUCAUUUAAUUUUCCAUCCCAGCUAAAGGUGCAUAGUCAAAUCCACACAGGUGAGAAGCCUUUUGAAUGCCGUGACUGUGGGAAAUCAUUUAGUAAAAUAUCUCAACUCAAGGUGCAUCAUCGGAUUCAUACUGGGGAGAAACCGUAUGUGUGCUCUGAGUGUGGGAAGGCCUUCAAUCAGAAAUCAAUCCUCAGUAGGCACGAGAAAAUUCACCCAGGGGAGAAGCCUUACAAAUGCAACGACUGUGGGAAAUCAUUUAAUUAUCCAUCCCAACUGAAGGUCCAUUGUCAAGUUCACACAGGGGAGAAGCCUUACAAAUGCAACGACUGUGGGAAAUCAUUUAAUUAUCCAUCCCAACUGAAGGUGCAUUGUCAAAAUCACACAGGACAGAAGCCUUACAAAUGCCGGGAGUGUUGGAAAUUGUUCAGUAAAAUGUCCCAGCUGAAGGCACAUUUUCGAACUCACACUGGGGAGAAACCAUACAAAUGCAGUGAAUGUGGAAAAGCCUUUUCUACUAAGGAGCAAGUCCAAGUGCAUAUGAGAAUUCACACAGGUGAAAAGCCCUAUGUGUGCACUGAAUGUGGGAAGGCCUUUAGUGGCAGGUCAAGUUUUCGUAAGCACCAGUUAAUUCACACUAGAGAGAGACCUUUUGUCUCUCAGAAAUGUGAGACAGCUUUCCCAAAGUCAGCAUUGAUGCCCCAUCAACAACUUCACUUUGGUGAGAAGCCUUAUAAAUGCUGUGAUUGUGGGAAGUUGUUUAAUUAUCCAUCCCAACUGAAGGUGCAUUAUCAGACUCACACGGGGGAGAAACCUCAUAAGUGCAAUGACUGUGGGAAAUCGUUCAGUAAAACAUCUCAACUGAAGGCACAUUCUCGAAUUCACACCGGGGAGAAACCUUAUGUGUGUACUGAGUGUGGGAAGGCCUUCAAUCAGAAGUCAACACUUGGCAGACAUGAAAAAAUUCACCCGGGUGAGAAACCUUACAAAUGCAGCGACUGUGGGAAAUCAUACAACUACCCAUCUGAACUGAAGUUGCAUCGUCUAAUGCACACUGGGGAGAAACCUUACAAAUGCCAAAGCUGUGUGAAAGCCUUUUGUACCAAGGCCCAACUCCAAGAGCAUGAGCGAAUUCACACAGGAGAGAAACCUUACAUGUGCACUGAAUGUGGGAAAGCCUUCAGUAGCAGGUCAGUUCUCUACAAACACCAGUUGGUUCACAGGAGGGAGAUGCCUUAUGUCUGUGACAGAUGUGGGAAGUCCUUCUUACAGAGGUCAGAGUUGAUAUCCCAUCAACAGAGUCAUGCUGGAGAGAAGCCUUAUGAAUGCCAUAGCGUGGAAGUUGUUUAGUCAUACAUAUCUGUUGAGGGUGUAUCAUCAAAUUCACAAAUCUUUUUUUUUUUUUUUUUCAAAUUCACAAAUGUUAUAGAUGCAGUUAUUGGAAUAGCCUUGGCGGCUAAGGGUCAACUCCAAGAGCAUGAGCAAGUUUCACACAGAAACGCCCUGUGUGUCCAUUGAAUGGUCUGCAGUGGUAGGUUAACUCUUCAUACACAUCAGGUAGCUUACACUAGGGUGAGACUUUCUGUCACAAAUGUGCGUCAUGGUUGACAUCCCGCCAAGGACCUCACGUUGCAGAGAAGCCUUUGGAAUGUCAUGAUUGAGAAUGCCUUCAGCCAUGUAUCCCAACUGAAGGAUCCUCAUACAUUCAUGUGUGGAGAGACUUAGAGAGUGUGUCCUGAAUGAGGGAAGGUAUUCAACCAUGGUCAGAAUUCACUAGAUCCCUGCAAUCAUAUCAGAGACAAUCCCUACAUUAAGUUAUUAUAUAAGAAGGCUUACUGGAAAAUUAAGUCCUAAGCCAUCACCAUAUUCCCAGGUGAAAUAUGCUCCUUUAGUUAUUUGAAGAGAGCAUCUUUAACAUGUAAUUGCACAUCACCCAAUUCAUAUUGUAGAAAAUAGCUGUGUAUAGCUUGCUUAAAUACACCAAACAUUACAUACACGUGGAACAUGACUCACAAAAUAACUUGUAAUGAUAAGCACACAUAUCCAUGUUUGUGGUGGUUAGGCAUUUCAGGCUGACCCUGACAAAUGAAUUUAGAAAAUUCUUUAUACAGAAAGUGGUAUAAAACAAAUUGUUACAAACUGUAAGAAAAUUUAUGGGAGAUUGUGUCAUUGAUAUUUCUGAGUUUUUUGUGGAACACACUAGCCAGUGUCUGGACAUAUGUAUGUGUUGGUCUACUAUGUGCAUAUUAUAAAUAUGUGUAUAUUUGUAUGUUUAUGUAUAUGUGUGCAUGUGUUCUGGUCAGCAUUAAUGUGCAUACCAAUGCAUGUGUGGAUAAAUCUAUGUAUCCUUCACUGUACAGGGGUUUACUGCAGAAUUCACUGCAUAAAAAGAAUAAGUAUAUUAUAGUUUUAACACUUGAUCUUCGCCAAAAGACAGAGAAGUGAUACUUUAAAAAAAAAGAGAACCUAAUCUGUGUUUAUCAAGCUUAUUCCCUAUUCAAAAAUCUCUUACUUUGAGGUUUCACCAUCAGUAAUAAUUAAUUUCUUCAUUAUAUGAAUGUACUUUUUUGGAUAAAUGCAUAAAUAAGCUUCUGUUGA